AUGACUGUCUCAAUCAUUGAUUUUCUGUACGCGGCGAGAUACCUGCUUGGGCUGCUCUUCGGGACCAUCCUGUGGAAACAAUGGAGUUCUUAUCGCCGUCUCUCACAAUUCAAAGGUCCCUUCUGGGCAAGUAUAACAAAUCUGUGGAUGGCAGACAUGGUCUCUCGCAAGAGACAACACAUGGAUCUCUUUGAAGUGCAUCAAAGAUAUGGUGAACUUGCUCGUAUUGGCCCGAACAUCCUUCUGACGAGUGAUCCCGACUUGAUACAGCGAAUGAGUUCUGCAAGAUCUGAAUACACGAGAUCAGAGUGGUAUCUGGGACAGAAGCUGGAGGUUGAACAUGAUAACGUGCUCUCGACAUUAGAUGACAAACUGCACUCCAAGAAGAGGGGCCAAGUGGCGAUGGGGUAUUCUGGAAAGGAUGUUGAAGGACUCGAAGCCACUGCUGAUAAACACUUGCUCGCAUUUCUGGAUCUUAUUAAGAGGAAGUAUAUCUCCACUUCAUCAGAGCUUCGACAAGUGGACUUUGCCCGGAAGGUUUCGUAUUUCGCUAUGGACUUCACCACUGAUAUCGCAUUUGGAAGUCCAUGGGGAUGCCUGGCUAAAGACGAAGAUGUGGACAAAUGGUUUGAAUCCGCCGACCUACUCUUACCCAACGUCAUUAUGGUGUCGACAAUUCCCUGGCUUGCCAGGUUAUUCUCCAUACCGGUCAUCGGAAGGCUAGUAAUGCCCUCAGAUAAAGAUAUGACGGGCGCUGGGAGACUUCUCAAGGUCGUGAAGGAGGUGGUCCGCAAGAGAUUCGAUGUUGAGGGUAACGAACAAAAGCGGGAUAUGAUGGGCUCCUUUAUACGCCAUGGCAUUAAUCGAACAGACGCAGUAGCAGAAGCCACCCUCCAGAUUGCGGCCGGCACCGAAACAACCGCCACGACAAUGCGAAACACAAUGCUCUACAUCAUGACGAACCCGCACGUCUAUAGGAAGCUCCAAUCAGAGAUCGACUCCACCAUCUGCAAAGGACAGAUCAUCUCCGACGAGCAAUCGAGGACUCUGCCGUACCUCCAAUCCGUAAUCAAAGAAGGCGCUCGAAUGUGUCCCCCAGCAACGGGUCUACUGUCCAAGAAAACCCCUCCCGCCGGCGACACAAUCAAUGGGCGGUUUGUGCCCGGCGGUGUCGACAUUGGACAAUGCGCGUGGGGUCUCCAACGGAGCAAAGCCGUCUAUGGCGAGGAUAGCGUUCUAUUCAGACCUGAGCGAUGGCUCGAAGCAAAGGGAGAGACGCUGGAGCGCAUGGAGAAGAGCCUAGGUCUCAUCUGGGGAUAUGGAAAAUACUCGUGUCUGGGGAAAAACAUAUCGUUCUUGGAACUGAACAAGGUUUUCUUCGAGCUCAUGAGGAAUUUUGAUUUCACGUUGAUUGACCCAACACGUCCCUGGAAAAGCGAGAAUGUGGGUUUGUGGAUACAAUCAGAGAUGUUUGUCAGGGUUACUCAAAGGGAAUAA